GGGGGUGGGGGCUGGUGUGGGAGAGAGGGCAAGGCUGGCCGACACUGACAGUCGCUGUGGCAAUGCAUCGCAGGAGGAGGUGGCAGUAAGUCUCGGGACUGAAUACGGCCUGUAAUUCAUGACGUAUGUACCAGCGAGGAAACACUGAGGCAACCUUUCUGUGAUGGGGUUUCGAAUUCACUUUGUUUAUGACCCACAGGGCUGGUGUUGCAUCAGCAUAAUCUUCUUUGUUUGGCUUUACAAUACAAUCUUCAUUCCCAAACUUAUCCUCUACCCUCAUUAUGAAGAAGGACAUAUUCCAGGUCUUGUGCUAGCACUUUAUUACUUGAUAUCACUCUGCUGUGUGACAUCGCUGGUGAGAGCCUCCAUCGCUGACCCAGGGCGUCUAGCACCAAACACAGAGAUACCCCUUUCAGAAAGACAAUAUUGGGAAAUGUGUAAUAAAUGUAACCAGAUGAGGCCAAAGCGAACUCACCACUGCAGCCGAUGUGGGCACUGUGUUCGGAAAAUGGAUCACCACUGUCCCUGGAUCAACAACUGCGUUGGUGAGGACAAUCACUGGCUCUUUCUGCAGCUGUGUUUCUAUACCCAAUUCUUAACUUUAAUCACACUGUUCCUGGAUUUCUCUCAGUAUUACUGCCUGCAGCCGAUAAUAAAUGUAAAAGAGGAGCAGUUUGUGCUCAGACAUGAGCUGGCGUUGCUGCGGAUAUCCACUUUCAUGGCCUUAGUGAUGUUCGGAGGGAUGCUCAGCCUCUUUCACAGUCAGCUGACAGGCAUUCUGGCAGAUACAACAACAAUAGAAAGAAUGGCAAAUUGUUUUGAUGACUUAUCGAAGCCCACUAAGCCGUGGCAGCAGACCUUCUCAGAAGUGUUUGGCACUCGUUGGAAGAUCCUGUGGUUUAUUCCAUUCAGGCAAAGGCAACCACUGCGGGCCUCCCACCACCUCGCCAAUCAUAUUUAGCAGAUGGAAGCUGAAGAGAUGAAUCCUCCUUUGUGGAUGUACCUAGCAGGCCUCCCAGUAAUAGUCCCAUACCCAUGUUAGACUUGAAACUUAACAGUCUCUCCUAGCAACAAUAUUGGGCUCCAAGUGGCAGUCUUAUAAAGGUUCCCUAUAUGUUUAAUGGCUUGUGCAGGCCUUAUUUCAGGACUACUCAAUGCACAUGAAAUACUACACUUGAAAUGCUUUCAAAGUGCUACAUUUUACUGAGAAUCACUUGCAUCAAACUAAUUAUCAAUGUAAUCAUUUUACUGCUGGGUAGUGUAGGGAUUUUCACCAUAUAAAACUGGACGACUUUUGGCUGUUUUCUGCCUGAUUUGUACACAAGGAGUUAACAGAAUGGCUAUUUUAAACAAAACUACUGCAGUGACUGUCCUGCAUUUUGUUUGGGAGAUUUGGUGAAAUCAGCAUUUCUGAAAUGCUGAUGUUUGUGCUUAGCAUAUUUAGACAGACCUGGUUUUGUGAAAAUGGCAGUCUUGCAAUUUAUUGUUGAUGAAUUUGUGAACUGUCCAUGUUUUAAUCAAAGGGGGAAAAAAAGAUGCUGGAUCAAGCUGCAGCAAAACUAACACACAGAGAAAAGCACAAUUGUGAGGUCUGGUGCAAACAUUCCAAUCUACUGCUGCAGUUCUGUAUAAAAAGACAAGGUGCAGUGGAUGCUUUGUUCUGGGUUUGUUAAAAAUCAAUUGUCCUUCCCGAAUAACUUUCUUCACAUUGUUUAAAAAAAGAUAUCCACUGAUGUAAGCACCUUUCCCUGUCAGUGAUUGAUAUAUUUUAAUGUUCUUUUUGCAUUUCCUCUCUUUAACUCAUUCAACGUGAAUUGUUUGGUUUUAUACCAGAUGCUGACAUGGUUAGGUCUUUUUCUGUUAUUCCUGAACAUUCCCACAUAACCUCAGCUACCUUUUUGCUUUAAAUGUAAGCCAAAUGGAAAGAGUUGAUCAGUUGCGAUCUGACAGCUGGAAAUGUGGAAACACUGUUGGAAGGGAUCAUGGCAUGUCAGCUGUGCCAGGCUUUAUUUGCUACAGUAAAGCAAAUUUGGCAGUCCAGUGUGGAUCGGUUUACAGGGUCAGCAUUUCAAAGUGAGAAUGUUAUAUAUACCAAGUGCCUAUGAUUUGAUGACUUUUAUUGUGACAGAACGUUUCAGCUUUUUCAGACCAGUUCAGGAACCAAAGAUACUAUGUAGCUGAUGGGACAAGAUCUAAUAAUAAUAUAAUUAUAAUUGUGAUUUAUUUGUUAAAUAUUUAUUGCAAUAAAUUUGUUGUACUCCGAUUUGUUCUAGCGCAGAGUAAUCCUAAUCCUUUGUUGUGACUAUUGCGUGUUGAGUUGCAUUGUGAGAAUUGUAAUAAUUCUUUGUCUGCAUUCCCAUGUUUUUGUUUGAGAAUAUCCUAAUGUACAGUGCACCUCGUUGUUCCAUAUACUGCAGAAGGGACUUGCGACCUCGACACCUCCCUGUCUGUCGUGAACUCUUGGUAAUUCAACAAGGAAGAACUUUCAGCUGGGUGUAGAUGUACUCUCUAAAACAUUUUUUAUAAAAAAA